AUGGAGGACCCCGUCCUGGAUACGAGUCCUGCCUUGCGCAAGGCCUUUGCCUGCCUCCGAGACAAAGUGCAGCACAACAAGAACAGGAAAGUCUGGCGUCCCCCGCCCCCGCCCCACAACGUGACCCAGCCAUUAGCGCGCGCAGAUGCCAGGUCGUCCUUCGAGGGGGACUGGCGCAGCGCCACAGACCCCAAAGACUGCGUGAAGUGGCUGGCGCACCCCUUUGACGAGGAUGACGUGCAUCGUGCCCUCAGUAAGCCUUACCCGGUGCACAUUCAACGGCCAAAUUUGCCUGACUACUACUCUGAUCUGUACAGCAGCAAAGACAUUCGUGCCUACCUGGCCUCUGGCCAAUGCCAGUACUCCUACAACGUGGACGUGGUCCGCUACGACGGCAGCAAGCGCAUGAGCUACAACAUGAACGACCCUGGCCCCCGACCGGGGUCCGCGCCGGGCACGCCGGCCAAGCUGGGUCGAGUGUGGAAGCGGUUUGAGAAGGAGGGGUGCUCGGUGCGGAUCCUGCACCCCCAGCAGCACUGCGAUAAACUCUGGGCCCUCAUGUCCCGGCUGGAGACCGCCUUUGGCUGCUGUGUGGGCUGCAAUGCCUACCUGACCCCUCCUGGGUCUCAGGGCUUUGCGCCCCACUACGACGACAUCGACGCCUUCAUUCUCCAGCUGGAGGGCCGGAAACGGUGGUCCCUCUAUGUCGACCCCAACAAUCUGCUGCCACUGCACAACCGCGCCGACUUUGACAGGGCCAGCCUCCCCGCCCCCUGCAUGGAGGUGGUCCUGGGCCCCGGCGACCUGCUCAUCCUGCCCCGGGGCACCAUCCACGAGGGGCGCAGCCUGCCCGACACCCACUCCCUGCACAUCACCCUCAGCGCCAACCAGGGCUGCAGCUGGGCGGCCCUGCUGCAGGCGGCGCUGCCGGGCGCGCUGCAGGAGGCGGCGCAGCGCACCCUCGCCCUGCGCCGACCCAUGGGUCCGGACUUCCGCCGCCUCGGCUGCCACACCGCCUUGGGAUGGUAUGCCUCCGCCUCGUACUCCCACCGCGCCGCAUCCCACAUCCAGGGGGAGUGGGAGCUGCCCGGCCUCCUGGAGCGCCGCCUGCGCAGGAUGUUCAAGCACUUCACCGACGCGCUGUGGGCCCACAUCCACAUUGCGGCCGAGGAGCAGUGGGAGGGGUUCAUGGCGGAGCGGCUCCCGCAGUACCCGCCACUCCCCAGACCCGGGUCGGUGCCUCACACAAAGCUGCACCCUGGCUCCAGGCUGUCCCCCGUCGCCCAGCCAGGGGCCCUGCGCUUCACCCGCCCCGAACCCGGGGUCAUCAGGGUCGUGCACGGCCUGUUCAACGACCGCGCCACGCAUGCGCGGGGCGAGGCCGCCCAGGAGGGCGCCGGCACCGCCGGCACCGCCCUGGACUUUGAGCUGCGGCAGGCCGGCGUGCUGGCCAAGGCGCUGCUGCGCAAAGACCCGGAGGCACACAGCGUGGCCGAGAUCCAAGCCAUGUGCAAGGGGCACACCGAGGGAGGGGAGGUGCUGCAGGUGCUGCAGGCCCUCGUGGCCGCGGGCCUGCUGCGGGUGCUGGACCCCGGCGCGCAACCUGUGACACGGGCAUGCAGCGCCCUGCGCGUGCUGAUCGCCUCGCGCUGA